AUGAAAUCAUCAACGUCUGAGAAUCUCUGCCGUCGAUUUUCAUUUGCUGAACUCAACUUAACCACCGGGGAUUUCAGCGACGAGAAUGUGAUUGGGAAGGGUGGCUUUGGUAAAGUCUACAAAGGCUUCAUUGAUAAUAAAAGGACAACUGCUGUGGCCAUAAAGCGACGGCUAGCAUCAAAUCCGAGUCUAGGCCAGGCAGAGUUUGCGGCGGAGAUUGAAACACUAAGUAAGUUCCGACAUGACAAUCUAGUCUCUCUUAUUGGUUUUUGGAAGAAGAGAGUAGUACUAACGUUUAGCAGCGCGAUUGAGCGAAUUAGCGUCGGGAAAGAGCAACACCGCUCAUUCAUGAUUGAUUACACGGAUUCAGUUACUCUGCUGUUCAUCUGCAAUCCAAUUCGGCUGACAGACGAUGUUUCGAUCAACUGUGGCUCCGGCGGCACGGAUUCAUCAACUGCCCCAAAUCCGUUGCACGAUCCAGUUCGGAUCCCACCAGUUCAGAAAAUCCUCCUCCUCCAUUUUUACACAGCUUCAUACAAAGGAUUUCAAGAGUUUUCAUGA